AUGUCGCAGAGGGGGUCUGCGCCUCACCGUGCCUCGCAUCACUCGUCUUUCACCACCCCUCCCUCGUCCGAAGAGGGCAAGGCUGCGGCGGCCGCCGGCAGCACUGCACCCUCUCACAUCCCGUCUUCCCAGUCGUAUCUCCGCGAUGAGCCUUUCUCGCAACGCGAGAUGCUGCCUGCCGAUCAAGGCAAUAGCAACGGCAACCGAGGAACUGGAGGUGGCGGUGGCGGCAGUGGUGAAAACAGAGGGAGCGGCAUGCCUCCCACGAUGGCGUCAGCCGGCUCGGUUGACGCACCGGCGAGCCUCGAAGACCGGGGAGCCCAAGCAACACCGCCGAGGGCGUUUGACGUGCUCAACAUGCUCAAUCCCUCUGAUGGCGGCGAGGGCGGCUCCCGUCCGCUUCCACGGACGAGGCCGGGAAGUGCGAGCAGCCAUGUCUACAGCCGAGCCAACAGCCGGACUAACAGCCGGACAAACAGUCCGUCUCUGGGCAUGGCAAGACUAGGCAGCAGUGGCCAGCAGUUCUCCGGAACGUCGGCCCCAUCGAUGGCAGGUUCGCCGGCCGGUGGCAGCCAUUCGGCUCUGGCAUCUGCAGCCCUGUCGGCCAAUUUCGACCGUGAAUCGUCUCCGUCGAUGGCACACCAGUACCAGCCGCUGGGGGCACCUCCAAGACGCAUACUGACGCCAAAGUCUCCCCGGCGGGUGAGUUCUGGCCGGAAUACUUCGUCUUAUGGCGGGAGCCCAUAUGGCCGACCCGGCAUGGCAUCAGACCUGCCGCCAGUCCCACCACUUCCACAAAACAUGCGGCCGCCAGCCCUUGGCGGUACGAGCUCGGCCAACAUGGCCAUGCCUUCGCCCAGUCUGUCUAUGCCAUCACUUUCGGCAACACCACCACGCUCAUUUGCACAUCCGAUAUACCCAGGCGGCGCAGGCGGUCCGGAUCCAAGCAGCGGCGGCCCUGGGGGUCAUCCCCAUUCCCAUUCCCAUUCCCAUUCUCAUUCCUUUGACCAACAACAUCACCAUCAUCAGCAUCAACAACUACAACAAGGGCGGCCCUCACCGGGCUUCCCUCCGUCUUCAAUGCAUCGACAAUCACAGAGCUUGUACGGAUCUAGUAUGGGUUCGGGACGAAUGAUGUCUUCCGGCGGGGGUGCUGGUGGACAUCGGGGCGAGGGCUCUCCGUGGCCCAUGUCUGGAAUGAUGGGCGGUGGCGGCAUGCAAGCCGGGGGUGGUCCGGGAAGCGGUGGACACGGCAUGGGCGAGCGAGGAGGCCGAACGGUCUCCAUGUCAGAGGGACAGCAGUUCAUCACGAUCACGCCGUCUGUGGGCGAAGAAAUUCAUGUGCCUGUGGACAUCCACCAGGCGUCGAAGCAGGCGGACGAGAAGAGACUCCGUAAUGCCGGAGCUUCAGCGCGGUUUCGGGCACGGAAGAAGGAGAAGGACAGGGAGGUGCAAUUGGGAAUGCAGAGACUGGAGGCACACAACCGGGAGCUGGCAAAGCGUCUGCACGAGACGGAGAUGCGGAGCGAGUUUUACCGCAGCGAACGCAACCGUCUGUGGCAGGCGAUACUGCAGAACCCCAGCAUGCGCGAGCAGGUUGAGCAAGGGCCGCCAAGUCCAGAUUCGGCAGCUAUGAGCACCACCUCUUUUGUGGCCGAGGGCAGUCCGAUGUCUUCUGGGUCGAUGCAGCAGUAUUCAAGCUCGAUGCAGCAGCAGCAGCAGCAACAUCAGCUGCAGCAACAUCAGCUGCAACAGCAGCAACAACAACAACAACAACAACAACAACAACAGCUGCAACAACAACAUCACUCCCACCAGUCUCACCAUGCACAGAAACAGCCACUGCCGCCGAUGUCAACGAGUCCCCCGAACUCCGGACCUCUCGGCAUGGGCUCGCUUGUUCCCGACUCGUUCAGCCUCGAACGGCCACCCCGGCGACGGCGUACAGACUCCGGCCCGGGGUCCGAUUUCCAUGCGAUCUCCUACUCCUCUCCGCUUCCGACCACCCUCCCUCCCCUGCCACAGACCGGCUAUCACAGCCUGACACCGUCACCGCUGUCCGGAUCGCCCAACAUCCCAAACCCGCGGUUGCCUCCGCUCCGUCUCGAAGCGGUCGGCACGGCCUCUGCUGGAAGCAGCGUUGGCCGCUUAGGCGGCGGAAGUGCAGGGGGCUACACCACAGCGUCGCCGUCACCGGAGCCGUUGCUGGGACCCUCGGUUCCUCCUCCGCCAGGGCCCUACCCCCCCAUAACAACAUCAGCCCCCUCGUCGGUGAUGUACUCGCGAACCUACGAGACGGCCGGUUGGGCCACGGACUCGCCAUCGCCACAUCCGUCGCACGACCAAGGACACUUUUCGCGAUAG